AUGAAAUUUUUUUCACCCAUGGAAAAGCUUCCCUCUGUACAGAUAAAGAACAUCUCAACCAUGAUAAGAAGGAUCAAACUUCUUUCUUCUCUAUUUGAAGAGAUUCAAAAUACAAGUAAUCCACUUCCUCUUUCUUCAAUACUCUGAAAAUUUCUUCAAUACUGUGCUUCACCGAGAUAUUUUCCAUAAUUCUAAAGAGUGAAAUUAUUGAUCCAAGGGUGCUUGGAAGCUAGCACUUUGUGGAGCCUUGUGUGGAAUAAACACAUUUCAAUGCAAUUUCAUGUCUAAGGGAAGGAUUUGUGGAGGGCACUAGACAUUCGCCCCCUGAGCUUGCUUAACAGAACAACAGGCGUUAGAGAGCAAAUUGUGCUUCUUCAGAUGCAAGUGAAAAGGGCAGAUUUGCUUAUUGAUCGAGAGAUUCAAAAAAGAGAGGAGCUCCUCCAAGUAAUUGCCAACAACAAUGAACAUAAGAGCAAUAAAAAAAGCUUCAUUGAUUUUCAGAGAGUACAAGAGAUUGUAAGCAUCAUUGAUUUGAGAGUUAGACCCUUUGAUUAUGAGGGAGAAAUUCCUAAGUUGGAGACAGAAGUCCAGAAGCAGGCAGGCACAGGCAUACUGACUGCGAUUUCCAAUAUCAACAGCUUAAUCUCCCUUUCAUAUCCCUAGUCUAUGAUUUUUAGUGAUGAACAAAAUCAAUGGAAAACUCAAAAACACUCUAAACAGCAGUCUGCAAGCUUAAAUAGAUGAUUAUUCCUUUUAUUCUCAAUCUAUGGUUCUCACAUCCCUACCGAAUUCUGCUGCCUGAUUUCACUUGACUUGAUGAAAGAUCCAGUGAUUGUGGCAUCUGAGCACGCAUUUGAUCAGAACCCAACAGCCUGGUGGAUCAAUUCUGGCCAUCACACAUGCCCCCAGAGUGGACAGAAACUGGAUCACAUGGUCCUCAUGCCCAAUUAUGCAUUGAAGAGUCUAGUCCAUCAAUGGCUCCAAGAGAACAAUAUUUCAUUAACUGACACUGUAUCUUCAUCUUGCCCAUAUUCAAACAGGAGCAGCAGCAAUAGAAAACUAUGUCAGAUUGGCGUCAAUCAUAUUUCAUCCACAAAAGCUGCCAUGGAUGCUGUCAAAAUGAUAGCUGAAAUCCUGGUGGGAAAACUAGCAGCUGGGUCACUGGAAAUCCAAUAGCAGGCAGCCUCUGAACUUCGUGUGCUAGAAAAAACUGGUGUGGAGAAAUGCAGGGUAAUUGCUAAGGUUGGGGCCAUUCCAUUCCUGGUGACAUUACUACAUUCAAACAACCCAAGAAUUCAUAAAGAUGCAGUGACAGCCUGACUCGACCACUCCCUUUAUUACAGUACGACUUUAACAAUGGCAGCUGGUGUAAUUGACUACAUCAUAGAUAUUUUAAAAUCGGGGAAAAGCAUGGAGGCAAGAGAAAAUGCAGCAGCAGCAAUCUUCAGUUCAACAAUAGAUGAGUGGAAGUUGACCAUCGGAGCACAUCCUCGAGUUAUUCCAAACUUGGUGGUUCUCCUGCAAGAAGACACCAUGGCUGGAAAAAGAGAUGCUGUGACAUCAAUCAACAAUUUAGCAGUUCACACCUACAAGACAAAUGCUGUGGCUGCUGGGGCAGUUCCUUUGCUUGUUGGCCUGCUGACAGAUGACAAGGCAGGGAUCACAGGCUACGCACUGACACUGCUUGCUUUACUUUUAGGGUGCUCUGAAGGGCUAGAGGAGAUGAGGAAGAAUGUGGUUCGGGUGCCUCUUCUCAUUGAUAUGCUAAGAUUUGGAUCGCCCAGAGGGAAGGAAAAUUCAGUAACUCUUCUUUUCGGUCUGUGCAAAGAUGAAAGAGAGGGGGUUCCUAGACAUAUAUUAAUUAAUCCCCAAAGUAUUCAUUCACUUGAAAGAACAACUAUGAAUGCAUCUCUGAAAGCUCGAAGAGAUGCUGAAGCAUUACGGGUUAAUAGAAUUUGCUCUCAAUUGCGAAGUCCUUUUGGAUAA